UAACCAAACCCAUACUUGCUAAUUUUUUGUCUCCCCCAAAAUUUCAGUUUUUUUUGGGGCAUUUGGAAAAUCUCUGAAGCUCUCAGGGGGUUUUGACAAAUGGGUCACUGUACAUGGUGAUGGUCUUCUCAGAUUCAAAUCACUUCAAACACGGAGCCCUUCUAUUUUUUUCGUAUUAGGUAUCUUAACUUCUAUAGCACUUCCUAUCGAGAGCAAAAUUUUCUUGAGCUGUAGAACCUGAUAUUAUUGAUUGAAUUAAAGUUUAUAGUUGGACGUGGUUCUCAAGAGUCAGAUUCUUAGGGAAUUAUGGAGUGCAACAAAGAUGAGGCAGCUAGAGCAAAAGAAAUUGCUGAGAGGAAAUUUACAGAGAGAAAUUAUUCUGCUGCAAAGAAGUUUGUUUUGAAGGCUCAAAAUUUGUACCCUGGGCUUGAUGGUCUCUCUCAAAUGAUGACGACUCUCGAAGUGUAUAUCUCUGCAGAUAAUAAGAUAAAUGGGGAAAUGGAUUGGUAUGGGAUACUCGGUGUGAACCACUUGGCCGAUGAUGAGACUAUUAGGAGACAAUAUAGAAAACUGGCUCUUGUCCUUCAUCCUGAUAAAAACAAGUCACUUGGUGCAGAGGGUGCAUUUAAAUUGGUUUCAGAGGCGUGGAGUUUGUUAUCCGACAAGGCAAAGAGGUUGGCUUAUAAUCAGAAGAGGGACCCGAAAGGAGGUCGACAGAAAACACCUACCCACUCUCAUAGUACUUCAGCGCCGCCAAGUGCAAAUGGCUUUCAAAAUUUUAAGAAUGUUGCUCCAAAUGCAAGGAACGUUCAAACUAAGGUCCAGGUAGGGGCUACUACCCCAUUUCAGCCUUCUCUUAGAAAACCAGAUACCUUUUGGACUCUUUGCAAUCGAUGCAAGACACAUUACGAGUACCUUAGAGUAUAUCUAAAUCACACUCUCCUUUGUCCUAAUUGUCAUGAAGCUUUUUUAGCUGUAGAGAAGGCUCCACCCCCAAAUGUAUUCAAGUCACCUAGUUGGUCUUCUCAGCAGCAGCAUCAAAAUUCUAGACAGCAUCCUGUUAGUGGCAAUGUCUAUAAUACUGGCAGAAAUGUUAAAAAUCCUGAUACUGGGCAUUCUGUGGGUGUUAAUUCAGUUGAUAACACAAACUUCCAGUGGGGUCCUUCUUCCAGGACAACUGGUGUGGGUAGCAACUUUUCGUCAGCUUCCGCGCAAGCUGCAAAUUUGGUUCAACAAGCAAGUGAGAAAGUGAAGAGAGAUCGUGAUGAAACACAGCCAUCGAUUGAAGUGGAGAGGAGUCAUUUGCCCUCUUUAAAAAAGAAAAAAACGGAUGGAAUUAACAACUAUGGGGUCCACGUGGCAAAUCAAGUGGCCAGAGGAGAUGGAUCAGCUGGUGUUGGUUUAACCGAAUUAAGGAAGAGUUACCCUGAUACUCAAAAGUUACAUAGUUUGUAUGGUGUAUUUAACAGGAACAAUAGCCAGAGAGAGUUGUCAAUCUUUGAAAUUCGGAACAUGCUAAUGGACAAAGCUCGAGCUGAAAUACGUAAGAAACUUAAAGAAUGGAGAUCAUUGGCUGAAAAGUCAACUUUGAAUAAACAGUCAAAGAAGAAAAAGAGUGUGGUGAAUGAUGGGACUCAUGAUAUAAAAAUUAAUGGUAAAUCUUCUGCAAAUGGUAAAGGAGGGCAUGAGAGGAAGCCUGAGUCAGACUCUUUAGCUGGUAAAAGUACAGACAAUGAGAAUGAUCCUAUCUCAAUUAAUGUUCCGGAUCCUGAUUUUCAUAAUUUUGACUUGGACCGAGCCGAAAGUUCAUUUGGGGAUGAUCAAGUUUGGGCUUGUUAUGAUGAUGAUGAUGGAAUGCCUCGUUUCUAUGCUCGAAUUCACAAGGUGAUAUCCCUAAGACCAUUCAGAAUGCGUAUCAGUUGGCUCAAUUCAAGAAGCAACACUGAGAUUGGCCCAAUGGACUGGAUAGGUUCGGGGUUCACAAAAACCUGUGGGGAUUUCAGAAUAGGAAGACAUGAAGUCACAAGAUCAUUGAACUCUUUCUCGCAUAAGGUUUGCUGGGUAAAAGGUUUACGAGGUGUGAUUCGGAUAUUUCCUCAGAAGGGUGAAGUCUGGGCUCUUUAUAGAAACUGGUCUGCGGAUUGGAAUAAAGGUACUUCAGAAGAAAUGAUACACAAGUAUGAUAUGGUAGAAGUGCUUAAUGAUUUUAAUGAAGAAGGCGUAUCUGUUGCUCCUCUUGUUAAGGUUGCUGGUUUCAGGACAGUAUUCCGUACACACAUGGACCCAAAAGAAGUGAGGAAGAUCCCUAAAGAAGAGAUGUUUCGCUUCUCCCAUCAGGUUCCCAAUUACUUACUUACGGGAGAAGAAGCCCAAAAUGCUCCCAAGGGUUGUCGGGAAUUGGAUCCAGCAGCAACACCUUUGGAGCUCCUCCAGAUUGAUACAGAAUCGAAUCGGGCAAUGACGAAGGAGACUGAGGUAAAAACUGAAGAAGCAAUAUCUCAUAUUAACCAGGAAACUGUAGUUAAUCAAGUGGAAGACACUUUGGAAGCUAGGAAGGUAGAUGUAGUAACCCAGGAAGAUGAACACACUAAGAUGUCUGGUGAUGUUGCCUUCCAGGGUAGCUAAGGAAGCUGAUAUGGCAAAUGAUGCCAACAAAAGUGAAUCAACUAGAUAUGGAGAUUGCUCGAGGUAUACUCAAUAGGUGCAUUUUUUGAAUUCUGUCUGACCAAAAUUGUAGAGAAUUUCUUGCUUUUGUUUGGACUGGAUCCAUGGUUGCUCCAAUUGUUUAUUGGUUUUGUGGCUUUGUACCUGGGACAGUGGAAUCUCUUAAGUCUUAUCGAGAAAUUCAUCGAUGAUGACAGCCAUACUUGGGACAAAAAUGAGAUCCAACUUUUCUCUACUUACCUGAAAUUUUUGAGGGUCUAGUUAUAUGUGGUUCCUUAGCACUAAAUUGACCCAGACCCAGUUCUUAAAUGCUUCAUUUACGGCCCACGUUUAUACUUUUGGUUCAUAUUCCUUUCUCUUGUAAGGAUCCUUUAAAACAUGUUUGUUCUCUCUUCCUUAUUGAAGUAAGAGCUCCAUCAAUA